GUUCAAAAAGAUAUGAGUUGCAUAUUGUUUCAAACUUCAAAGCUGUGUUUAUGCAGGUCCAUGUUUUCUUUCCGAGUUUCUAAAUGUUCUUCUCACUCUUAUGGUGUUAAGAUUUUUCAUAUUUAUAAAUCAAAUGGAAAGCGUUGACGUUCCCCGCUUCUCAACCAAAGACAUUAAGGAGUUGCUACAAGAUAAAUUUGUUGUUGUUAUCGGCGAUUCUGUACAGCGAUCUGUUUACAAAGACUUGGUAUGCCUCCUGAGGGAAGAUCGCUUAUUAACACUGGAAGAAUUGAAAGAAAAGGGAGAAGAACAUUUUGAAGGUGAUGAACUGUUGGAUGGUGGUGUUCGUAAUGGUCUUCAUAAUGGCACCAACUACACUGAAGAGCGUAGAUAUAAGCAAGAUAACACAAUUAUUAUGUUUUACUUUGUGACAAGAUGCUACAACAACUAUGUGCAGUCAAUAUUAGAUGGUUUUAAGCUUGAACCUCCACAAAUUAUCAUUAUGAAUUCCUGUCUAUGGGAUCUUCAUCGAUAUGGUAAAACUGCUCAUGAAGACUACAUCACAAAUAUGCAAGUAUUGUUAAGAGCUAUUGACCUUGCAGUGCCAGCUGAAGAUAGCUUAUUUAUAUGGAAUGCUACAUUACCAGUACGAGAAACUGUCAAAGCAGGAUUCCUUGCCCCAGGAAUGACUCAAACAAUACCUGCUGAUGACAUACGCAAGGCCAAUCUCUUUGUACGAGAUAUGAUGCAAUCUUAUACAAAAUAUGUGUUUUUGGAUCUUCAUCUUAUCUUUAUUAAGCACCUUGGGUUUCGUGUGAAGGACGGUGUUCAUUGGAAUGAUUUUGCUCACAGAAAAAUCACUUGCCUUAUUUUACUUGAAAUAUCCAAGUGUUGGAAUCAUGAUGCUCAAUCAAAAGAGCCUUUACCAGUAUUUUGUGCUGAUAAAACAUCUUGUCCUAUUGUGAGCUACAAUCAUUCUAAGAAUGCUGAUCUUCAGUCUCGUUCAUUUGAACAAUCGUCAUCAAAAAACAAUGGCUAUGUAUCUUCAUCUGCCACUCAUAGAGGCCCUCAAUCUAUUCUUAGUUCAUCACAUCUUCCUUAUCCACAAGAACACCCUCAUUUCUCUGAUUGUCACAAUAAUUGGGUUCGCAGACCACAGUUUAAUAAUCUUGCUUCCUCAAGGCAAAACAAUACAUCAAUGAAUAGAUUUUAUGCAAGAAAUAAUUCCCGACCAAUGUUACAUGGCUCAUUAAGAUAUAGUUCAUUUAUGAGAACACAUUUGAACCAUCCUUAUCAUCAUGGCCAAAGUUUUAAUGGCCAUUUUUAUCAACAACAUUUUUCAUUGCCCAGUGCAUAUAACAACAAUUAUGUUAAGAACUUAAAUGAAACAUAUCCUUCAGCGACAAUUGGGAAGAGAAAACGCCAUGAAGAUGGCAACAACUUCACUCCAUACAAAUUUCCUCGUUUUAAUGUUUAAAAGUUUAUAGUUUGUAUGUGUGACUAUUUAUAUUUGAAAUGUUCAGUUUUGUUUUGUUAAAGUAUCUAGUCAUUUUCAAAUAUCUGAUUGUAUAUAUAGAUACAUAUACAUAUAUAGUAGUUAUUUUGAUGUUUUGUUGAUGGUUGGGAAUGUUUCGGUUAUCUGGAUAAAACAAUAGACAAAACUAGACAUUUAAUGAGCAAAUUUGUAAAUAGGACUUAAUGAUAUACAGCUUUAAAGCGAUUGAUAAUUGCGGUAUUUAUUGAAUGCAAAAUGUUUUAUAAGAGAAUAUAUUUUUACUAAUAAUGA